AUGAGUAGCAAUAACCACAGUCAGGUGCCAUCGGUUGCCGUUUCUUCUUCGGGAUCAGCGUCAGCUACAGCACUUUGUGGUCCGAAUGGUUCUAACUCCAGUAACACUGCUGGCGAACGCAGCGACCGUAGCGGUAGCCGUUCCGGAUCUCCACCAUCUCAGUUCAUGGGUCCCACAGCACCAAAUCAUGGCGUAGCUGCGCCGCAUCAGAAGAAUCUCGCAAGAGUUCAGGCAACUGCACCUCCUGUGGUAACGUGCUCUCCAUCGUCAUUGUCGACCCAGAGCGUUGCUCCUCAGAUUGCCACAAUCGGUGCAAGUGAACACACAGAUAGUAGUGCAGAGGUUCUCUCGGUUUUUGAAUGUCCCGUUUGUUUGGAAUACAUGCUACCACCAUAUCUACAGUGUCAAGCUGGUCACUUAGUUUGUGGCAACUGUCGCCCAAAAUUACAAUGUUGCCCGACUUGCAGAGGACCAACACCUAGCGUACGCAAUCUUGGCCUCGAAAAAAUUGCUAAUACUGUCCGUUUUCCGUGUAAAUUCGCAUCAUCUGGCUGUCCUCUUUUCUUCUAUCAUUUCGAUAAAGUUGAACAUGAGGAAGCAUGUGAAUGUCGUCCCUACAGUUGCCCUUGUCCUGGCGCUGCUUGUAAGUGGCAGGGAGCGUUGAACGAUGUUAUGGAUCAUCUCAAGAAAGUGCAUAAAAGCAUUACGACUCUGCAAGGUGAAGACAUCGUAUUUCUCGCAACAGAUAUAAAUUUGCCUGGUGCUGUAGACUGGGUCAUGAUGCAAAGUUGUUUUGGUUACAACUUUAUGCUUGUUCUAGAGAAACAAGAAAAAUUCGAUCAUGGACAGCAGGUUUUCUACGCUGUUGUGCAACUUAUCGGUGCGAAGAAAGAGGCCGACAAUUUUAUGUAUCGUUUGGAGUUAUCUACACAUCGUCGUCGGCUGUGCUGGGAAGCAACUCCACGGUCAAUCCACGAAGGUGUUGCACACGCGAUUCAGUUGUCUGAUUGUUUAGCGUUCGACACACCGACUGCUCAGCUGUUUGCAGAGAAUGGAAAUCUUGGGAUUAACGUUACCAUUAGCAUGGUUUAA